AUGUCUAGAACUGCUCACGUAGUAGAUGGAGAAGCGUCAGAAUCGGACUCAGAAAUAGAAGUGGGUAAAUCACCAGAUUCCAAUUUGUCUGCUUCAAAAGCUUUUGUAAUAUCUGGAGAAGCACCAGAAUCAGAUGAUGAAUCAAAACUGCCAUCACCAACAUGUGUGAACGAGUUGGAUGCUCCCCUUCGUGUGUCAAUGUCACCGCAGAACUCAACCACUAAGUUGUACAAUUCUAUACUUCAUCAGAAGUUAUGUGAGUAA